GGCCUGGGCACACCCUUUCCCCCCAGACUCCUCCCUGACAGGGUCCACCCAGCCAUGGACUUUGGACCUGGAUAAGUGGAGAGAAGCUGUGCUUUGGUGGAUCUGGUUCUCAGUUUUGGAAAUGGAGUGUUAAGUGGGGCCUUGAUGAUCUUCAGGAGAGCAACUGAGAGAAGAAAAGCAAGGUACUUGGCAUCUUCCUCGUCUCAGCCCAGAAGAAUAAACCCUUAGACUUGGGGAAGUGAGCCAGGCAAGCCGAAGGCAGCCUUGAGCCCUCCCCUUGCCUGCCCUCCCCUGUGGGGGCCAGGAUGCUGAAGAAGCAGUCUGCAGGGCUUGUGCUUUGGGGUGCUAUCAUCUUUGUGGGCUGGAGUGCCCUGCUGCUCCUCUUCUUCUGGACACGCCCAGCACCUGGCAGGGCCCCCUCAGACAGUUCUCUUGAUGAUGACCCUGCCAGCCUCUACCGAGAGGUGAUCCGCCUGGCUGAGGACGCCGAGGUGGAGUUGGAGUGGCAGCAGGGACUGUUGCAGCAGAUCGGGGAGCAUUAUGCUUUAUUGAGCCAGAGGUGGAAAGUGUCCACUGUGGACCCUCCAGCCUGGCCCCACAUGCCUGUGACCCCCUCACCAGCUGUGAUCCCUAUCCUGGUCAUUGCCUGUGACCGCAGCACUGUCCGGCGCUGCUUGGAUAAGUUGUUGCACUAUCGACCCUCAGCUGAGCAUUUCCCCAUCAUUGUCAGCCAGGACUGUGGGCACGAGGAGACAGCACAGGUCAUUGCUUCCUACGGCAGUGCAAUCACACACAUCCGGCAGCCAGACCUGAGUAACAUUGCUGUGCAGCCAGACCACCACAAGUUCCAGGGUUACUACAAGAUCGCCAGGCACUUGCACAACAAGUUCAAGUUCCCAGCAGUUGUGGUAGUGGAGGAUGAUCUGGAGGUGGCACCAGACUUCUUUGAGUACUUCCAGGCUACCUACCCACUGCUGAGAACAGACCUUUGGUGUGUGUCUGCUUGGAAUGACAACGGCAAGGAGCAGAUGGUGGACUCAAGCAAACCAGAGCUGCUCUAUCGAACAGACUUUUUUCCUGGCCUUGGCUGGCUACUGUUGGCUGAGCUGUGGGCAGAACUGGAGCCCAAGAGGCCCAAGGCAUUCUGGGACGACUGGAUGUGCAGACCUGAGCAGCGGAAGGGGCGGGCCUGUAUUCGUCCAGAAAUUUCAAGAACGAUGACCUUCGGCCGCAAGGGUGUGAGCCAUGGGCAGUUCUUUGACCAGCAUCUUAAGUUCAUCAAGCUGAACCAGCAAUUUGUGUCCUUUACCCAGUUGGACUUGUCAUACCUGCAGUGGGAGGCCUAUGACCGGGAUUUCCUUGCCCGAGUCUAUGGUGCCCCCCAGCUACAGGUGGAGAAAGUAAGGACCAAUGACCGGAAGGAACUGGGGGAGGUGCGGGUACAGUACACUACUAGAGACAGCUUCAAGGCCUUCGCUAAGGCCCUGGGUGUUAUGGAUGACCUCAAGUCUGGUGUCCCCAGGGCUGGCUACCGGGGCAUUGUCACUUUCCAGUUCCGGUGCCGGCGUGUCCACCUGGCACCUCCACAGACCUGGGAUGGCUAUGAUCCUAGCUGGAAUUAGCAGCAUCUGCCUUUCCCUGCUGGGUCUCCUUGCCAUAUCAUGAGUUGAGACAGGCAUGCAGUCCCUGGGCUAUACCAUCCUGUCAGUGGUUCCCUCUUGGGUCUAUAGAUCUUCCUUUUUUCUGCUCCCACCCCCCCCCCAGUGGCAUUCUAGUGCACAGAUCAUAAGAUGAGGGUUAUACUCCCGUUGUCAAGGGAGUCAUAUCAGGAGAACUAUUGUGUGGUGUAUUUGGGGGUAUUGAACAAGAAACCACUGUGUGGUAUGGGGACACUUGGGCUUGUUGGGGCCAGGAUGUCCUGAGUUCUCCCGAAGGGCAUCUGCAGAGAGCUUGGCAACUCCAGCUCUCUCCACCAGGCCUGUCAGUCCUGAGCUGGCUCCUGUCUGUGAGCCCACCUUAUGUACCUACCCUUUCUCCACCUUCCCCCAGUGUGGGGCUGGGCUAUGGAAGAAGGAAUGGGUUUGUGGCCAAAUGAGACUAACCAAAGAGGUUUCACUGUCAGGGUCAGAUUGGAGUUGUUGGGGUGCCAGGGGUCCCUGCCUCCUGGCUUCUCUUAUUGCUGACUCUCAGUGCUCUUUCCUGUUGCAUAGCAGUUUGUGCUUGGGAGAUGGGAGUGGAAAAGGAGAGCAGGCCUUCUCCUGGGUUAGAGCCAGCUGUCAAGAAAGGUGUCCGGAGGAAAGCCUGUACUUGGGCACCCCUCUUCUUGCCCAUGGCCCCCUCUUUUCUGAAAAUCAGUUCCCUCCAUGUUGUUUGGGAGGAUAAAGUGCCAGCCAGGUGGAAGACAGUGGACUGACUUCUGUGCCUCUUUUCUCCUGAGGUCUGGGAUAGAGGCUUCUCCCC